CGGCGGGCGGACGCGGCGCGAUGCCGUGAAAAUGCGGACGAUUUUAUUACUAUACAUCGCGUCUUUAGUGUACUGUGAACACAAAAGUGAUUUUAAACAUGUGCGGCAUAGUGGCAGGACCCUGAUAAGGCAUGGCAGGUCGCGCGUGCAUUUCACGCGGAUGCACGCGCGAACGCGCGGUUUUGUCGCGCAAGUUAUCGAGGCUGAGAAAAGUAGUGAAUUAGAAAGUAUCGAUAAAUCCGGAGAAGAUCCAGUAGUAUCAGUCUUGAGGCCUUACGGUGCUCCAGACGAUGAAGAUGGCCCAUCAAGAGAAACCACUGCCGAUGUAUUCCAAAAAUUGUUCGGAAACAUCACAACUAAUACAAAAGCCCAAACGGACGUGACUACUGAAGAAGACUCGUCACUCGUCGACCAUUUUAUUAACGUAGAACAUAGCUAUGAUAACGAAACACAAAGAUCAAUAGACUACACACUGGCUGAAGAACCAGUUAAAGAUGUAGCCAAUGAAACAUUUAGUGAAGCAGAAAACGUGACAGUAGCUAAACCAGUGCAUGAAGAUGUUGUGACAAAAUUCCUUAGAUUGAUUGAGACCCAACACUUAUUAGGAGAGAAUUGUACAGCUGGUACUCAUUUAAAUUUAGGUGUAGGAGUUGUAGAUAGGUAUGCUCAAGAAAGGUUUAGAAUAGAAGCUGACGUCGCUGUAAAUAGAGCGAAUAUGUUGACAAGACUUUGGAAAUACGCGGGUCCAUCAGUGAUGUAUAAUGAGUAUUUGUUACACGCUAGUUUAUUUUCUAUGGUUGAGUUCGACGAUGAUAUUUUCGCAGCAGGAAAUUGUUACGAUCAAUAUCAGUAUAAAAACUACCAGCUGUUCUGUCCGUUUGCGUACCGUUUGCCAGAGGGGCCGAUAUUGGCGAAAGAUCUGGCGGUGGAAUACAAAUAUUUGAGUAACACAUCAGAAUGGUUCUACAUAGCGAGGAAAAAUGCUGAGCGCGUGAUUCGUAACCACAAUCAGUUCAAGAAAGGGUACAACACAUACACAUACAACGACACAGCCCAUACGGAGCGGGAACCUGACGAGAUUUUAUCAGUGGUCUACGAAGACGGCAAGUGGUCUAAACCAUACUAUGACUGCGGAGGUGGCAACAUCUGGAUGCUGACAUACACUGUACCUUUCUUUGGGUACAGUAACGGAACAUACUUCUUCAAAGGUACAAGCGGAAUUGAUAUAGACCUGCGCAGGGUGGACAUCGACCAGUGUCCACUGAGACCUGGCUCCACGCAGCUCAACAUCUUUGCCGGCACCGACAAGUGCAAGAAGAAAACAACAGAAUGUGUCCCAAUCCCCGGUCUGGGGUUUCGCCGCGGGUCCUACAGAUGCGUCUGCCGGCGAGGUUUCUUCUUUCCAAACACCACAGCCGAGCUGCGAUAUUACAACGGAAGUGAUAUUGAAGAGGAAUAUGAGAAACAUCUACUGCAACAAAAAAGCCUGUACUCCAACACCAACGUGUACGAAUGCCUGCCCUGCGCAGAAGGCUGCGAGGCGUGUGUGGACGGGUCGCCAUGUGUUGCUGCACUGAAUUGGGUUGUGCGGACGACCAUCUUCGCGUUAGCUUGUUUGGUCAUCUCCUGCCUACCUUUUAUUAUCUACUUUACCAUUAAAUAUGGACAUGUGAGGGUGGUGCGAGCAGCCAGCCCGGCGCUGCUGAGGGUCAUUGUCCUCGGAGCAUUACUGAUCUACUGCACGACCCUCGUGAUGUACGGCAGACCGACAGUGUUCACUUGCACAGCCAGAGUCUGGCUGAGGGAGGUCGGCUUCUGCCUCACAUACGGAGCGCUCAUGCUGAAGACUUGGCGGAUAUCAGUAAUCUUCCAAGUGCGGUCAGCUAAAGCGGUCAAGAUAUCAGACAUGUACCUGCUCAGGCGCAUCGGCGUAAUCGUUGGCGUGGCGUGCGUCCUGCUCUCGAUCAGGACGCUAGUGGCGCCGCCUGCCGUCAUAGUCGGGAGAACUAAGGAGGAUUUAAAGGCGUAUUUGUGUAAUACUGAUUGGUGGGAUCACUCUUUUACUACUUUGGAAGUGAUAUUCCUGGUGUGGGGCAUCCGUCUGUGCAUAGUGGUGAGGAAGGCACCUUCGGAGUUCAACGAGAGCCGAUUCAUAUCCAUGGCCAUCUAUAACGAGUUCCUUUUAUCUGUCUUCCUCAAUAUUUCUAUGUUGUUCCUCCAGUCCCCAGCAAAUCCUGACCUGCUGUAUAUAAUAUUCUUCUGUCACACGCAGCUAACAGUCACGUUGCUACUCUGUUUUAUUUUUGGAAGUAAGGCAUAUAUGGUGUACAAAGGGCAUGGCAAGGAUGACCGUGAGAAGACUGGCAAGUUCAGAUCCAGGCCUGCAGAGUCCACCUACACCAUGACCACGAACAGAAGCGCUAGAUUCUGUGAUAAUAUGAGCGAGAGAGAAUUAGAGGAGGAGUUCAGAAAAAUCUGCAACCAAUUGGAGAAGUUACGCGAAAGAUGCGGUACGUACACAAUAGUAGCACGGCGCAUCACGUCAAUGCAGGACGCGGCUGCUAUCCACGACCGCAAACCAGCAGUGUCAGACUCGGCUCCACUCAAACUGAAUACUGUAUUCAGUGCUGUUGCUGACCGCCUCAUGUGCACGGUAACACCAGCCGAGGAAUCAAGCAGUAGUGGAAGAGACCUACCUUUCGAAGCUCCACCAGCGUACAGACAUAAAACAUUCAGUCCAAGUAAAAGCGUUGAAGUCAGCAACGCAGAACAGAGUCAAACUGAUGUUACUGUCACAACCGAUUCUCCAAAACGUAGAACUGAUGGAGAAGACACUGAAGAAAAACAAAACGGUGUUUUUAAAAUAUCAGGUGAAGCUAAUUGUAGUGAUAUUAGGCCACCAGACGUUGCUAGUCAAAACGGUUUUAAUAAUAAAAGUGAAAAGACCAGUGAAUCUAAAUCUAGUACGGGUAGUACGGAGACUGUUAGAGGGGUCAGAUCAGGACACGCGAGAACACAUGCUAUUAUAAUUAACUUAGAUGAUAAAAGUCGUUUCACUGAAGAAGUCACUGUUUAAUACUCUGUUUAUUUCAAAGACUGUACUUAUGUUCCCUGUAGAAUAUGUAUAUUGUAAUGUAAGGAUAGCUUGGUUUCAUUUUUAUUUGAAACUAGAUUUAUGACUUUAGAUAUUUAGAAAUUAGGCCUACAGAGGCUUUUCCACGUCAUAUUCUAAAUUAAAUAAUAUUUACGAAAGCUAUAAACUUUUAGUUCCAGGAGUGUCUGUGCGCACAUCAUUCGAAUAUAUGAAUAAAAUCGUAAUAUAUGAAUAUCUUGUUAUUCAAAUUAAGCGAUAUCCAUAGUUUUUAUUCAAAUAUAUUAUUCAAAGUUUUUAUCCACCUAUUUAAAAAUAUAAGCGAUUUCGUUCGUCCGGAACAAAAUGUAUAUAACAAUUUCAAUGUUAAAUCAUGAAGUAUUAUACUCUAAAUGCAAUACGAAUUCUAUAAAAAAAUCAUUAUUAUAAGUAGAAUACGCGCGCAUAAUGUACAUACUACUACUUGACCUUCUAAUCGUGACGACAGACAAGUCAAGUUAAAAUCUUUUCUCAUAAGAUACCUCUAGGUGGCUACUCACGGUGCGUAAUUCCGCGCAUGGCCGAUGACCUACGACCACACGGCGCAGACAUAGCUCUUCCUAUGAUCCGAGAUGAUGCGUGUAUCUAUCAUCAUUAAAAUGUUAAAAGUGAAAGUGUAAGAAAGAAGUUGCCGACUUGCUAUGGAUGUGGUGCACUGCUAAAAACGUUUCUCUGCUGACAGACGAGAUCCUUCGGUACAUCGUUGGUUGGUUGGCCGCGUCCGUCCGCGAUAUUGUGUAUCGUGGGAAGCCAAAUUAAGUUCAUAUUGUAUAUUAAUAUGCUAGUCUUUACUGUGAUGCAUAGAUUAAAAUAUUAGGUAAGUGUAAAUAGGACGGAUUUAGGUGGAAAGCUGGUUGGUCUGUCAGUCUUAAUACUUUUCAUAAAUUGCUUGAUAAACUUUAGUCAUCACAUUUUCAAUUGUCAUAGUUAUUUUGUAGUUCCUUGUCGGGUAUCACUAAGAAAGAAAUUUUAACUUCAUAUGCGGUAACUGAGACACGCAUAGUCUUGGCUGCUGAUAGGCCACGAUAGCAUUCCCAAAGAGGAUUCACGUCAGUCAUACGGCCGGUUGUAAAACCACGGCCAAAUCUUUAAAAUUCAUUGUUUGUGUGGACCUUUUUGGAUUUGCAGCAUCACAGCCACCAAUACAACCGAGAACACGUCAAAAUGAGAUAGUAAAAACACUGGGGAAAAAUCGUCGUUCUCCGGAAUUCCCGCGACUCGAAAACGCCCUCUCUAAUGCACAAUAAUGAUCAAAUCAAUCAUAAUUGUGUUGUAUUCUGAAAGUGGCACUCCAUCAGAAUCCCAAUUAUCACAUCCAGAACUACUCGUAUAUUGCUAUAGAAAAUUACAUUUUGACUAGAUAUUUCAUAUUUCUCAAGACAGAACUUUCAGCAAUAUCUAGUUUUCAAACAUGUGAGUUGAUGUAUGCGUUGACUUUCCACCUGAAUACGGUCAUAGUUUUGAAAAUGCAUAUCAGAUUACUUCCUUCUUGUUGGCUAUGACAAUGAUACUGAGACUAAAUAUAGGUCGCUAGUGCCAGUGUGAAUAGCAUCACAGUUUAACAAGUUACGUUGGUUAUACUGAGGAAGGAGCGUGCCAUGUCUAUUGUUACAACUUGUGAGACGACGUAGAUUGGUACGUACUGUGGCACUGCUUUACUUUUAAUGAGUUUGUGCCAGAAUUUCAUUUAUGUUUUAGUGCUGUUUCGCAUUUCCUUUGUGUGUGGUGUGUGACAAUACGGCAGGCUUAUGGACUAAAAUUACUUACAAUUAUUUUAGUUUAAUUUUUUGUGCUUUAGCUAGUUGUAGCUUCAUGUAAUAUAAUAUUUUAUAUUAUGAAGAUUUGGGUACGUUGAACCAGUCAACUUUGACGUUAACUUGCGCGAUAAAACGUAAAAUAUGCCAUUUUAUCUAAACGACGGUGGUGUGCAGGAUAAAGUUAGCGUCAAAGUUGACUGAUACAACUCACUCUUAAUGUCUUGGAAGACUUGAGUUAAACACAAUUAAUUCCUCAUUUGUCCCAAUAUUUGGUGCCACAUUCUUCAUACUUUAAGUACUCGUGUAUCUGGGUUAUCUAAAAUUAUAGGCAAAUUUACAUUACACACUAUUGCGUAACGAGUCAACGUGUAUUGCGUACUCAACCCUUUAUUUGUAUAAAUAAUUACAUAAUUAGUUGCUACAUGCUUCGUCAAAACGUACCUAUACAGAAAAGUAUCUGGCACAAGCUUCGUCAAAAUAUAUAACAGUUAAAACAGCAAGAAGCUUCGUCAAAAUGUUAACAUGAAGAAAUCUGCAACAUGCUUCGUCAAAAAGUUAAUUAAUCAAUGAGACCCCUCCGAGCCGAACCCGGCCCGAAGGUCCCCAUAAUGCUAGCAUGCAUUACCGCGUUGAAUUGCUAAGGAGAGCCAGGAACAAUAUAGAGCGUCUAUCAUUGGAUCGCUCGAAAAUCCGAUUGCGUAGUUCGUUUAACUUCUUUUGUUUGUCGCAAGGGAAAACCUGCAAUGUACUUACGUCGAAAACGCAAAGCCAAACUGUUUGCCGGUAUUUUAUAGAUGGUCUUAUUUCUUUUUCUAGUCUAAAGUGAUAACAUUUCAAUAAUUUCCCCAAUCCCGAAAGUCCUGAAAACUGUUUUAUCCCUCCGGGAUAAAAAGUACCCUUUGUGUUUUUCCAGGUUAUAUUAAUAAUAAAUAAUAAAUAAAUAAAUAUAUUAGGACAAAUCACACAGAUUGAGCUAGCCCCAAAGUAAGUUCGAGACUUGUGUUACGGGAUACUAACUCAACGAUACUAUAUUUUAUAACAAAUACAUAUAUAGAUAAACAUCCAAGACCCGGGCCAAUCAGAAAAAGAUCAUUUUCCAUCAUGACCCGACCGGGGAUCGAACCCGGGACCUCUCGGUUCAGAGGGAAGCACUUUACCACUUCGCCACCGAGGUCGUCUAUUAUAUAUUCUACCCAUAUACUUUUCAUAAUAAUCCCUUCAGUAGAUUUUACGUGAAAGAGUAAAAAACUUACACAUAAUUAUACAAAUACACACAUCAUCACCAACUUUCGUAUUUAUAAUAUUAUAAUAGAAUAAAAUAGCACCCGUGUCGCAUCUGUCUGUGUGAAUGCGAUAAACACAAAAACUACCGAACGGAUUUUUCUACGGUUUUCACCAACAGAUAGUCUGAUUUCUUAGGAAGAUUGAAGUCUAUUAUGGUUUGUACGAGUACAAAGCCGGGGCGUGGCACUAGCUGUAAAUAAAAGUCAAAUUGUAACUUCUUGAAACUUAUUCAAAUGCAUUUAAGCAUAUUUUAAUAUUAUAUCCUUUGAUAUAAACAAUAUGCUAAGUUUUCAUCCUUGACUCUCCUAUAUAAUGAGUAUAAAUCCAUAAUUCCACUUUACGAAGCAGUAAUAUCUUCGAACUUGUAAAGAAUUCCUUUGACAUGUAUAAAGUUGAGUUAUCAGGAAUGCCAGACAGUACUCCGUUAAAUUUCUUUCAUCUUUUCAUCUUGCUGGGGAUAGUUUCGAAAAUUUAUACUCUGAUACAAUAUUGAACUUGGUGUUAUUAAUUUCGCUGCAUUAAGUAAACUUCUCAGAAAAAAUAGACCUGAUUAAUGAUAUGUUGCCAAUGAAAUUUUAAAACUUCAUUCCUUUAUGCGUAAAUAAUCUUUGUGAAGUUCAUUGAUGUGACGAUUUUUUAAUUUAACCGAUUGAUUUUCUUUUCUUUUUUUUUUUUGAUCAAUGGUGGAAUGCGACAAGCGAAACGUCAAAAUAAAAAUGACAGCUCAUGUACUUGAGAAAAUAUGGCGUCGAUCAAUCGCGAAAUUACUUUUUUCGUUAAAAAAGCGUAAAUAAACAAUACUUAGAUGAAUAAAAGCACUGAAACACUACGUAAUUCUACCCAAUAUUCUGUAUAUACGACUCAAAAAUUGGGACAAAGUUGAGACAAAUGAGGAUUAUUAAAAAAUAAUUUAUAUUUCUUGACAUUUCCUAAACUUGCCGUCCUCGAAAAAUUAUGAUUGUGAUUAGUCCGAUUUUUUGAAAAUCUGUCUAAUGCGUGGCAUUUUAAUAAAUUAUUUGCUAAUAUUAUAUAUAGUAAUUUUGAAACUAAUUCAGAUUUAUGUAUAUAACUAUUUAUUAUUCACUAGGUAUAUUAUUAAUUUUUGUAGAAAUAAAUUGUUUCCUUUAGCAAAAAAAAUAUGAACGGGACGGGCUUUUGUUUAUUACAAGAACUUAUAGGUUAUAAAAAAAGUUGUUCAUGUAAAUGAUUUUACUUUUUAUAAUUUUUUUAAUAUAUUAUAUUACAUACAAAAUAAAUUAAGAAAUUGAAUACAUAUAUAGGUAAUACAUAAUUUAAGAGUAAGUAUAUCUAUAUUGUAAUAUAUUUAGCAAUAAUGAAAGACAUUUAGUGAAUAUAUUUUUGUAAAUAAAAAUUAGUAUCAAAUUGUAAAAUAUUAAGUAAUUAAAUAUUUUGCUUUAUCUUAUGUAGCAAUAAAUAUAUGUAUUUAUUUAUGUUCCUAUAGUAAAAUGUGAAAUAAGAACACCCGGGGCGAACUUGUCAAACUGAUGGAGCGGCAACACUCUGCCUCGACGCAACAUAGCGCAACGGAGAUAUGAGACCCUCAAAACGGUAUGAAACUGAAUCAUUUACUGAUUAAGGAAUACUGUUUCCCUCGGCCCGCGUAAACUAUCUUAUGCCUGAUUCACACUAUUGUUAAACUCUGAUACCUACGCGGAUACAAGUGCUCUUAUUUACCGCAAUGGAAAGUCAGCAAUGUAUACCGAAUUCGUUAAAGUUUGGCGAAUUGUUCACAGAUUGAGUGAACCUGAUUAACUAGCUAUAUAGUUUUCUUUUAUAAAAAUUGCAUUCUUGAAGAAUGUAAUAUCUAUGGGGAAAUUCUUUGAUAAUAUGAUUCAAUCACUUUACAAGAGGACGGCAACAAUUCAGCAGUAGGUACAGUCAACCACACAAAUCUGUUUACACAAAUUCGAUGCAAUUUCGCCCCAAAUACCGCGACAUGCAAUUAAUAUACCAACAUUUGUAUAAUUAUACUCACUUUUUUGAUCUCCAUCACAAUUGUUAUCAAAUAAUAAUUUUUUUUAUAGCUUCCGCAAUUUUUGUACAUAUUUCCUGUGAAUUCUUCAGUCUUCCUAAAUAAAACAUAACGCUUUAUAUCAAAAUGAUAUACUGAAAUGUCAUUACAUAAUAUUAAUGUUAAAAUCCAGUAUAAAAUACAUGUAAAAUAAUUUUUAACUAAAUAAAAAUGUAGUUAUUUAUAAUAAUUUGUAAAUAUCUACUCUUUAAAAAUAUUGUUGAUAUACAUAAACAUUGUAAUAUAACGUAUUUUGUAUAUUAUAAUGAGAUAUACUCGUAAUGCUUGAAAUUUAUCAUGGAAGUACGAUAAAUGAUGGAUGAAACGCAAAAGAACUCUUUGGUUGAGACUCCACCAAAAUUGUGUUGUACAAUUUUUUGACAAACAAAAAGAUAAUCAUUUUAUACAAUAUUAUUAAUAAAAUAAUUAAUAAAAUGUUAACAUCAUUGUUUAAAAUAUUAUUGUUUGAGAUCUAGCCGUAGUUCGCUCUGCACAGCAUAGCGUGUGGCAGCUCAGACUUCCCUUCUGAGCUGCCGUACAAAAGGUUUCUCAAUUAGUUAGUCUCACUAUAUAUAUGAUGGCUUUAAUAUAUGUACCAAUUUUUAACAGCAGGUUUUCGUGACGAAAUAGAACUUGCUCUAUUUGUGCCGGAAAAAAAUUGUCGUUUUUGUCAUACCUAUAGCCGACCGAAACUAUGAAAACGUGAGUUUCGGCUGAAACCGAAGCCGAAUUUUUGGCUCUCGGAUAUUUUCCUUUUUUUUUCAAAUAAAAAAUACAUUUUUUUAAUUUCACCUCAAACAACUAUUAAUGCAUAAAUUAAAUUAUUUAUUAUGGGCUGUUUCAGCUGAAUUAUUAUGACCGAAACUAAAUUAUAGUGCCGAAACCAAAGCCAUAAGACUCACUGCCUUUUACAAGCUUUCAUUUAACUUGCAAUACCAUUUGACGACCUCGGUGGCGCAGUGGUAAGAUUCUUGCCACUGAACCGAGAGGUCCCGGGUUCGAUACCGGUCCCGGUCGGGUCAUGAUGGAAAGUGAUCUUUUUCUGAUUGGCCCGGGUCUUGGAUGUUUAUCUAUAUAUGUAUUUAUUAUAAAAUAUAGUAUCGUUGAGUCAGUAUCCCAUAACACAAGUCUCGAACUUACUUUGGGGCUAGCUCAAUCUGUGUGAUUAAAAAAAAAAAAAAACUUAUUGAAAAAAAUAUGUUUGGGUAGAAUCUUAUAAUUCGGUUUUGAAGCUGCUAUAUCCAACCGACUGAGCUAAAAAUUUGUACUCUCAUUUAGUUUGGAUGACAAUGCAUUAUUAUAAUAAGCUUGAUCUGAUGGUGCAUCCACAAAAGGGAAAAAUCCCGAGGGAACACCUCAACAGUUUCGUUAUAUGGAAUUAAUUCUUUUUCACGCAUUGAAUACAAUAUAAGAUCCAACCACAGAUAUAAGAACAUAUUGUUCUAACAUAAUAUAAUGUACUAACUGACAACAAUACAAGCUAUACAAUAUGUCUUUUUGUAAUAACCUAUUUCUCAAUAUUUUUAUUAUUAUCCUGCACUGAGCAUAUUGUGAAAAUACGGCUGGUUCUUAAACAGCUUCAUAAAGAAACUCAACGAAUAGGACAAGUGUUCAUAUUGCUCCGCCCUUAGCGGGUCCACAAUCCGUCAUUUCUUGUAUUUCCACAUAUAAGUUGCAAUAAUAUAGAUAUUAAGCUAUUACCUGGUUUCUACUGCGUGCUUGUGUAUGUAUGUCCUCGACGCUGAUGUUGACUAUCUAAUAAACAA